AUGCAACUGCCUCCUGGGCAAAGGUCUUCACAAAGUGUCUUUCCUGAAUUCCUUCGGGGGCUCCUAAAAAGUGAAGAAACAGGCAGAUCUGUUCAAGACAUUAUAAAACAGGUACGCAAUGGGGCGACUUGAUGGGAAAGUAAUACUGCUGUCUGCUGCAGCCCAAGGAAUUGGCCGAGCCACGGCCCUGGCUUUUGCCAAGGAAGGAGCUGAGGUCAUUGCUACAGACAUCGAUGAAACCAAACUCCGAGAACUGGAAGGCCAUCCAGGCAUUCAGGUUCGGGUGCUGGAUGUCACCAACAAAGAACAAAUUGAAAAUCUGGCCAAGGAAAUAAAAAGAAUUGAUGUUCUUUGUAAUAUUGCAGGGUUUGUCCAUCAUGGGACCAUUUUGGAUUGUGAGGAAAAGGACUGGGAUUUCACAAUGAAUAUUAAUAUUCGCAGCAUGUAUCUGAUGAUUAAAACUUUCCUGCCUAAGAUGCUUGAGCAAAAAUCUGGAAACAUUAUCAACAUGUCUUCUGUGGCAUCCAGCAUCAAAGGAGCUGUUAACAGGUGUGUCUACAGCACCUCAAAGGCAGCAGUUAUUGGUCUCACCAAAUCCAUAGCUGCUGACUUUGUUGGAAAAGGAAUACGAUGCAACUGUGUUUGUCCUGGCACCGUUGACACGCCUUCUCUGCAGGAGAGGAUCCAGGCCAGCCCUAAUCCAGAACAGGCACUGAAAGACUUUCUGGUGAGGCAAAAGAUGGGCAGGCUGGGUAAUGCUGAAGAAAUUGCCCACCUCUUUGUGUAUCUGGCUUCUGAAGAAUCAGCAUACAUGACUGGCAAUGCAUGCAUCAUUGAUGGCGGCUGGAGCAUGUGACUUGGCACCUGAGCAGAAACUCCAUCCACUUUCUUUGGAUUCUGGAAGACCAAAAGAAGGAGCUGCUUGCACUCUUAAUAAUCGGAGCCUUAUUGACUAAAAUGUGAGAUACAGGGGAGGGCUGAUUGUCAAGUACCUCCUUGACCAAGCUGGUACCCACCAGAUGUUGGACUGUAAGUCCCAAAAUUUCCAAACUGUGGAAGUUGCAGCCCAGCACAUCUGAAGGGCACCAGCUUGGGGAAGGUUGAGCUCUCUGACAUGUGCUAAUCUUUUCCUGUGAAAGUCAUGCUGCAUGAUGGGUUGGAUCCUGUCUUAAUCAUACUUAGAGUAGUCUACUGAAAUCAAUGGGACAAGUAAGUCAUAACUAACUUAACUUCCACUGCUAUCAGUGGGUCGACUGUAAGCACAACUAAGGCUGGAGCCAGUGCCAUAAAUAUGCAUGUUGCAUAUCUGUUUCUUACUUGUUCUGCCCAGUCUGAACAUCUUCACUCAAGGUGCUCUUCAGAAUAACAAGACCAAAAGCAGCCAAAGCAAAAAAAUUUGUCCUUGGACAGGGAGGGUGGUGAAAUACUUCACCCAGUUAAUACAGUCAUUUUCUUGUCACCAUCAAAAUGUGAUAACAGAACCCUUCCAUUGACUUCAAGCAUACCAUCUCUAACACACGCCUGGAGGGGGGAGGGGGGCAGCACUUUCCUAGUUUAAAGCUCGGGUGUACAGUCACUUAGUUUCAAGUGAGGAAGAGCAGUUAGGUGCUAAACUAUGCACAAUGAGAGCUAUCAUUUUGUGAUGGACGUUAUAGUUUGUUUUUUUCUUUUUGUUCCUUGGAAGAUAUAUAUUCCCUCUUUCCCUCCAGAAGAAUACAAAUAACCAGAUUUUAAGCAAUGUUUGUUAAGGUGGGUGAACAAAGUUACCUACAAAGCUAAGAUGGGUAUACUUAUUCAUCACUGAAAUGGGACUUUCAGAAAUAUGAUGCUAGAGCAUUAGAUCAAACUACUUUUCUGGAGUACUCCAAAGAACAUUAGAAGCACUGUGCUGGAGCAGGCCAAGGUGCCUUCUUUUCACCCAAUAGCCAACCAGCUGUUCACAGGAUCCCAGAAUCAGGACAUGAGGGCAAAAUAAUCUCCCACCCCAAGUCCUCCAGCGACUGGUGCAGGCAUACCAUCUCUGAUACUAGAGGCAGCAUAUAGCAUCAGGACUAGUAGCCACGCAUAGCCAUCCUCCAGUAAUGCCUCCAAUACCCUACCAAUGCUACCAAUA